AUGAUCCCUGGAUUUCUGAUUCUCGCCCGAGCUUGGAAUUAUCAAGUCUUCUCGAAUGAUGACCAGGACCCGAGAGAUGUCUUGGAAUCCGCAAUAACAAAGGCUCGCGCAUGGGCUGCAGCUCAAACGGUCAGAGACAUGGAGACUGUGCGUACGGAUGUGCAAGGGAGGCAAGUAUAUUCAGGAGAAUGGUGCCAAAUAGAUGGAGCAUGGAAGGAGACAGAGGUUCGAGCGGGACUUGGGUGGUACAAUUUUGAUCCGGAAUCGGGCUUAAUUUUGGUUGGGGCUACUAAUUUACGACGGGGCCUAUCCCCGUUGCAGACGGAACUGGAAGCAUUGGUUUGGGCCAUGCAAAGUAUGUUGGUCCAUAAUAAACGGCGAAUCAAUUUUCAAACGGACUGCACUGAGCUGGUGAAGAUGGUGUCUAAACCCGAAGCGUGGCCGGCGUUUGAAAUACUGCUUGAAGAGCUGGAGACGUGCACAAGGAAAUUUCAGGCGCUCUCUCUAACUCAUAUCCCGAGGACAAAAAACACGAAGGCGGACAAGCUAGACAUAGUGCUCAAGAUCAGCCUUAUGAUGUGUACUAUGUAA